AUGACCGAUGUAGGCAACGUCAAGAGGGCUUUAAAACCUACUACCAAGUUGAUUUGGGUGGAAACUCCAACAAAUCCUCUACUCAAAAUUAUUGAUAUUGAAUCAUUGGUGCGCACCGUUAAGGAGAAAAGACCUCAAGCUAUCGUGCGACCUCUGAGCUUGGGAGCUGAUGUCGUUGUACAUUCAUGUACGAAGUACAUAAAUGGACAUUCUGAUGUUGUCAUGGGAGCAGCUAUCACUAAUAACGAAGACAUCCACGAACAUCUACUUUUCCAGCAGGGAGCUGUUGGUGCUAUACCAUCGCCUUUCGAUUGCUUCCUUUGUAAUCGAGGCUUGAAAACGUUGCAC